CUCAAAAAUGAGUCCAUGACUCUGUACAGCCUCCCACCAGUUUGCUUAGUGUUAAAGAGUUCCUCCUCCAUCCAGCCUAAGACAACUUUCUCCAGCUCAAGUGGUGUUUCUUCAUAGAAGGGUGGUGAUUCCUGUGCCCACGUUCCAACAUGGAAUCCUGGGACUCGCUUGGCUAUUUAAUCCUCGUCCUCAACUACAAUGUGACAAUUAUAGGAAAGAUUUGGUUCUCUCUAACAGUUCUCCUGAGACUUCUGGUGAUCUUCUUCGCAGCAUAUCCUCUUUACCAAGAUGAGCAGCAGCGCUUCAUCUGCAACUCAAUGCAACCUGGAUGCUCCACUGUGUGCUAUGACCUGUUCGCGCCCGUAUCCCACUUCCGGUUCUGGCUCAUUCAGACCGCCUCUGUCCUGCUCCCUUACAUCAUGUUUUGCAUCUAUGUAUUUCACAAUGUAGCCAGGCAGCUUGUGAAGGCACGUUCCCUGCCUUAUCGUCGAUAUAAAGAGAUCAAACCUACAUCAGACCACAAAAUUUCAAAGAAGUCUUCCAAAAGUGCAGCAGGGAGCAGAGUUGCAUCUGAGGCAAACAAAAUGGAUAUUCCAGAUUUUUCCAAAAUGUAUAUGAUUCAGCUUCUUCUGAGAAUACUGUUUGAAGCCUGUUUCGGAGCAGGCCAUUACUACCUUUUUGGAUUCUUUGUUCCCAGACGUUUCAUCUGUAGUGGGAUAAGUUGUCCUCAUUAUGUUGACUGUUUUGUUUCUAGGCCCACUGAAAAAACCAUCAUGAUGUUCUUCAUCUGGGGACUCAGUGGCGUCUCCCUUCUCCUUAGUCUCAUUGACUUGAUCUUGGUCUCCCGAAGCAUUGCUGUGAGAAAUCACAGAAAUAAGCUACUGUUGGAAAGAUUUGGGGCUGAGGAGAGAAGCGUUCCUAGUAAGUACCAAGGUGACAAGUCAACUUGGGAAGAGGAGACCAAGGCAUUCUAACCUCAACAACUACUGUGAUAAAGUUAAUUCCUCUUUGCUUGGCUAUGAAGGAACAAUCUUCUUUUUUACCUGUGUUGAUUUCUAAGCAAAUUAUCAGCUUUAACCUUAAUAGUAAUAGUAAUAUAAGUCAUAAGUUGCAAAUAAUCAAAACAGCAGCGGAGUACCCUUUCAAAGAAACAGACACACGACUUUGGAGAGAAAGUCGUCUGGCAUUCAUUUGUCUAUAGCAGUACUAGGUAUGCAAUACCUAAAAAAAAAAAUCUUUAAAAUGUGUGUGUAAAGAGCUAUACUACAUUUGCUACAUUUUAAUCCUGCCUUUCCUCCAAGGAAGCUCAUGGCAAUGUAGAUUGGUCUCCCUUCCUCUACUGAACUGUCACAACAACCCUGUGAGGUGUGUUAGACUGAGAAUCUGUGAUUGGCCCAAGGUGACCCAGCAAGCUUCUAUGGCAGAGUGGAGAUCCGAACCCAGGUCUCUCAGACCCUAGGCCAAGACUUUAACCAUUACACCAAGCUGGGAUUCUAGAGCAUGGUAUGUUGGCAUAGCUCAAGGAUCAUGAAAUCCCUUCUUUUCACAUCUUUGAACGGAAACAGCAAUAUCGGAAGUGUGCCAUUUUUUGCCCCUGAAAUAUUACCACUGUCCUCUAGUGGCUAUUUAUCACUAGAAUGGGGUUUGUUCGGAUUGAUCCUAGUCAAGACAAACAAAAUGUGUGCACAUUAUGAAAUACAAAAAGUGCACCUGAAAUUCAUAUGCAUGAGUGCAAAUUAUCAACAAAUGACAAAGGACAAGCAUUUAUCCCUAUCAGCGUGGCUCCAUUUCAAGAGGAACAGAUUGAGAUUAAAUUGCACUAUGUCCACCAAGACAACACAAUAUACCUGGAACUUUGGAGAUGAGUACACAAAUCCCAGAACUACCCUGAAAUUUCAGGCUAUGGGACCAGAUUUUAGACAACCUUUGGGUCCACCUGGUUCUAUAAAAGUAAAAUUUCUUUCCUGAAAUUGAAGCUGAGAGCCACCAUUAGCAGAUGUAACCCUGGAGUCAGAAUUGAAUGUACCCUGACUGAAUACACCCACAGUUCUUGAAAACAGUUCAGACUACGAAAGUACCAGUAUUCUCACUGACUUGGUAUAAAUUGCUCAGCGAUUAGCACUAGGCCUAAAACGGUGCCCUGUUGCACAAAUUGAUGACACUAUUUUUUGGAGAUUGCUUUUGCAUUACUACUAAAACCCAUGUUUUUGAAUAGCUAUAUAUUCACAGUUGUGAUUAACUUUAAAAAUGCACGUAUAUGGAUUUCUGAGCAUGUGGCCAUUACUGAAAAAAACCCUGGACACUCCUGCUCUAGAACUUAUGGCUGGGGAAGGGAAUCUUGCAGGGCUGAGCCAAUUCCUGUGGUGUUUAGUGCACUGCUCAUAUGAUUUUUUGUUCCAACCUACCAACAACAAAAAUAUAAUGAAUUCAGCAAAACGAAUGAAAACGUGUAUAAUUAAUUUGUGUAAUUUACCCUGUGUGCAGAGUUACCAUAGAGUUUGUGAUUUCUUUUGCACAAUCAUGUAGAAUGUGCAGUUUGCACAGCUCGGGGGGGGGGUCACUCUAACCCGUUCCACCAAUUGGUCCAUCUCAUAAAUGCUGUGGUUCCAAUUCCAUUGCACUCAUCAUGAGACUUCUUCUUUCAUUUCAAUAAGUGGGACAUCUCUGCAUUUCAUGUGUCUUUUGCAUAUGAAUGGAGGAGCCCCUUUCAUUCAUAGUAUUAAGGCUCUGGAUAAAUGUCCCAGCAUAUGUUAAGGUCCCCCAAGGAAGGAAUCCUUUGGAAAAUCAAAAUUCUAGUUUCAUACAGUGGGCAACUAGAGGCCCUGAAGGCUCAAAAACUGUGUAGUGGACAAGGCCUUCCUCUCAGCUGCCUCCUGGCACUGGCUUUCAGAGGUUUAUUGCCUCUGUAGCUGUUAAUGGACCACCAAUAGGCUUUUUCUGUUGUUGCUUUAAUUAUCAUUAGUAGGGCUGUUUCUGUACAUCCCAUUGUUCCUACUUUAGGUCUGUGUUUUGCUGAGUCGUCCCAACAACUCAUCCUCCACACGCAGUACAGACGAGCACUUACUUUUGGUUGUGAGGUCACAGGAAAGCCUCCAAACAGUCCCCAAAAAGCAGUUUUGGAGGGGAGGUUGGGCACUUCCAUUAUCAUAGACUGAAAGCACCCCCCCCCCUUUUUUUUACUUUGCACAUGCACAAUUGCAUGCAGCUACUGUUGCAAGCAGGCUUCUGCAGCUGAAUAGGAAUGUGAAUAAGAAAGGGGAAAGCUUCGGAGGAAGAACUGGGCAAAGAUUUAGAGGAGUACGAGGUUUCUUCAGACAGGCUUCAAAUUUGUAUACCAGAAAAUGCAAAAACAAACAAACAAACCAUUGGGAACCCACAGAAAAAGAAAACAUCAAAGCAAGUGCAGUCCCAGUAAAGACGCAGAAAACCUGGUAACAAAACAAUACAUCCAUGGUUGGCAAACGAUAACGGUUGCAUGCUUGGGGAAAAGCCGCCACAGUUCCGAGUCUGAACCGUACCUCUAAGGACGUGUGGAAAUGGCCUAGGUAUACUACUACAGCGUUAAACAAUACAUCAAUAUUUCUACUGACAUUUUAAAAAAUAAGAAAAUGGUUGAAGACUUGCUGGAGGUCAGGGUUGUAAACAGCAGAUGCCAGGAGAUUCAGGCCUUCCUAUGUGCAAAGAUGUUAUACUGGAAACCAGCAUGGGACUUGGGAGAUACGUAAUGCAUAGCCUUCACAUAUGCACAUGCCAAUCCAGGGUAGAGAAUUUUAGUCUCUGUAUCUUGAGGAUGGUAUUUUCAAUGGAAUUUUAACAGCAGAGAGAGAAAGAGAGAGAUGCGGUACCAUUCAACUGAAACAGAAUCUGUUUAUUGAACAUACGUAAGCAGCGAAAUAAAACCAGGCAAGAGAAAUGUAAUAAAUGAUAUCAGCAGGAGAGUAUAC